AUGGCCCCAGAUCUUCUCUAUUCGUCCCAGCGCGAUCCCGUGCAGUACCGCCCUGGCGUCCCUCGCGGUGUGCGCUCAGGCUCUCACAAGGACGAGGGCGAGGGCACACACGCGAGGGAAAUCGAGUUAAAGAGAAGCCGCGGGGAGAUCUCCUGUGCAGAAUGUCGGAGGCUUAAGAUCAAAUGCGACAGGCAGCUACCUUGUUCCAGCUGCUUGCGUAGGGGAUGUGCGUCACUCUGUCCGAACGGCAGUCUUGCCACCGGGCAAGGGACGCGAUUUGUCUUGGCCGCGACGGACCACUUGCACAAACGGAUGUCAAAGAUGAGCGAGCGCAUUCGUCAACUCGAAGACGCGCUCGCUAUCAUGCAGUCCAAUGUGUCGCAGGAAUCUCAUCCGUUGCUACGAGACGAGCUACUGUCCUUGAAAGUCGACAAGGCUCCUGAGGCAGAGCCAGACCCUGCUCGUGAGACUCCAAAGUGUAUUGACGGUCUUGGCACUCUUUCAAUUAGUGACAAGGGCCCGCGCUUCUAUGGUGCUUCAGGCAGUUCGGAGCUUAUGCUGAUGAAGGACGACGAUGAAGAAAGGUUCUCGUCGCCAAGUGCAAGCGGAGGGUCACCCGUCUCUAUUCCGUCUUCGUCGUCUCAGCAUAGCUCCAAAUCACCCCAGUUACAGCCCGAGGUUGCACUCUUCUCAAACGCUUUCCCCUUUACCCCAAUUGGCCCUGCGCACGAUAUGCAAGCGAAGAUUAAGGAUCAUUUGCCGAAAUGGGACGAUGCGGUUAAGCUUGCCGAGGUUUAUCUUGAGUCCGCUGCAUGGCUCUUCCGCUCGGUAUCGCGGGACCAGCUCAUGGACGACAUGCUUCCUGCAAUUUACCACCGUUCGAUUCCUGACCCUGGUCACAACAACGUAAAUGACUAUACCGGUCCGCACUCUCUUGCGCUGCUUCUCAUGUGCUUUGCAAUUGGAACUCUCGUCGACAUAACCCAGGAGCCUUAUAGGGCGGUUUCGGAUCACUAUUACCAACUUGCGAAAGCGGCAAUCGUCUUACAGAACGUUCUGGAGCAACCAAGCCUCAUAACUGUCCAGACGCUGCACCUAAUGAGCAUCUACAACAGCAUGAGGCAGAGUGAUGGCCGUGGAGAUGAUUCCGGAACAAGCAUGGAAAUGUCCUGGAGCCUUCUUCGGCAGGCAGUACAACUUGGAUUAACAGUAUAUCGUGAUAGUGCAAGGUGGGGCUUAGGACGCCAAGAGACAGAGAGGCGACGAAUUUUGUUUUGGGACCUCUUUGUCGCCGAUUCAUGGCAGUCCUUGGCAUGUGGGCGCCCUCCUUGUAUUACUAUGCCAUAUGUCGAUUGUCAGUUCCCACAGGACGAGGAUGCCCGGUUAAAUGAAAAGGGAAAGAUGGAACCCGGUUUUGGCUCUUGGAUGUUCCGUUUCACUCUGGAGUGCGUCAGCGAGAUUUCUGCUAAGACCCUCACUGCUUCUGUACCACCAUAUUCAAUGAUCCUCGACCUCGAUGCAAAGCUUCGGGAUUUUCCAGUCCCUUCUUUUCCAGAUAACAUUCCUGUCGAUCUCUCAAAACCUGCUGCUGUUAUGGCCCGAUACGUAUUUUCCCACGCUCGCGAGACAAUACUGCUUAAUCUGCACAAGGGCUUCUUUGCACAGGCUAUGAUAGAUGAUCCAGUUAAUCCACUUAGGAGCCAAUAUGCACCCUCAUUUCUGGCGACUUAUCGUUGCUCAUCGCAUAUUCUAAAGUCAAUUCGAGAUGAGUUUGAUACUAUUCCUACUCUUUGUGCAAGAUUUUGGAUGCCAUGGACAUAUGCAUUCUCAUCUGCUGUGGUAUUUGGUACUAUUGUAGUGCGCGGGCCGAGCUCGAGUUAUGCACCUUCGUCCCUUCAAGAGCUAGACAAGGCGUGUGAGCUCUUCUCCGCGGCAAGUCAGCAUAGCACACGUGCCGCAAAAGCAUCUGCUAUUUUAGAGAAAUUGAAAGUGAAGGCGCAUACUGCCUAUGAGUCGUGCUUGAGGUCAAAAAGCAUGCCCGAAUUGCAGGCUGGCGAUAAUCAAGUUAUGCCAGCACUGAAACUGGAAAAGGAUGAUGAACUUGAUUUGUUUAGCGGACGUGUCCCUCUAGUUUCUUCAAAAAAGGGAUCAUCGGCUAGUGGAUCAUCGCCCGAUGUUAGAGCUGCUAUCUCUGAAGAGACCCCUAGCCCUCCGCCGUCUUACAGCAAACCUAGUCCGUCGUCACCAGGAGACGGUACAAUACGCAUCAACAAAAUUCAAAAUCCAAUAUCACCUCUCGGGAACGCAUUUGCUGGCGGAUCCCAAAUGCACCAGCUAAGUGCGCUUCGUUCUCCGGAGUCAGCGUCACCGGAUAGUGCUUAUCCCCCAGUCACGUGGGCCGGGGCGGGUGUUGGACCAGGUUUCAGGGAUAUUUACACCGAGCACGGCGCGGAUACACCAGGAUCAUUCCCAGUGAGCUCUGGUUCGUAUCCGCCUACCGUGAAGCUCGAUGAGUGGGUAGCACCAUCAGCUUCGCGCAACCCUCAGUCGAAUUCGCAUUCGUCCAAUCCCGAUAUAGGGAUGGACGGAAUGGAAUACGACCAUGGUAGAGCGAGCGUCUCCUCGCACCAAGGCUAUAUCCAUUCCCAUCAUCAGUUCUCGCAGCCUCUUCAACAUGCACCUCCGAACCAACAGCCUGCAUCUCGCGUCUUCCAUCCACGCCUUCCUUCCCAACUAAGCCACGAAGUGACUGAUCCACGAUAUCACGCGGCAUACGCUGCACCUCAGCCACCACCACCAUCUUCAAAUGCACCGGGUACUUACUAUCACCCACCUGGUUCUGGUGGAACACCGCCAGAGUUGUAUGCCACUGCACCGCGCGAGUUCGCAGAGAUGGGUCUUGCGUCACACAAUUCUGGACUGAACCAGCGCUGGACAUCCUUCAUGCAGGACACUGGUCUGUUCUACGGACCGACGGGCGGCCCCAUGUGA